AUGGACACUAAGGCUGCUCCUAGUGCACCACUCUCGGCGCCUCCUCUUCCUCCUUUGCCCUCUUCCUAUCGCACAGCACGCACCAACCGCACCCAACAGGCUUCGCGCUCCUGCUCUCGACCCGAAAGUAACAAUGUCCCUGAUCCAGCACCGACCCGUUCCCCUCGCUCGCCCAGGACCUCAGACGUGCCCUUGAAGAUGAUUGUCAACCCGCGCCCGAGUUUGAAAUCCCAACAACAACAUCGACCUCCGACUCACGCUCCUCCGAGCUCUUUCCGUGACUCCCCCACCAAGCAGUUCGAUUCCAGCUCCGUCUUGCCUGCGAUGUCGGGAGACAGUCGGCUGCCUAGGCUGACGGGGAACACACCAGUGCGGUCCAAGUCCAUGCGGGUACCGACGAAGGCAGAGGCGAAGGAGGUCCCGCGUCCAGCAUCGGAAUUGGGCUAUGCUUCAACUACAGGGCGUAGUUCACCUCUUCCUCUCCUUGGGAUCAACUCACGGUUGGACAGCCUCAAGGACCGGCAGUUGAGCGACGUCUUCAAGACGCAGGUGGUGCAGGCAUUUAGUUCGCCUAAGGACCGGGACAGUGCGAGCCUCGGAAUGAGGGAGCCGCCCCCUACCCGCACGCCGUCUCGUUUACCGUCCAUUCUUAUCCGAAGGCGAGCUACACGCUCUCCUUCUCCGAAACGGCUGUCCAACGACCUCGACCAGCCUAUCCCGAAGGUCGUCCGGACAAAGGCCUUCGGCAUCCCUGACGACGAGGAUUCGCCGAAGGCCCUCAUUCAUGAUCAUACGGGAUCUCACGAGGGGUCGCCGAUGACGUCGCACACUGAAACGGACGCGUCCGCUGCGGGUGUUGCCAGCACAAGAGUACUGCACCAUCCAACGUACCAGAUGCUGAGUAGGCAGACCAUGCCCGCCACGGCUCGAAACUUGUCUGCUUCAGCCUCAAGCUCCGAGUCUCACCUUCACACGCCUCCGUCUGAGGUCGUCGCACAAGCCCUCAGCACCCACUCCGACAUGCUCAUCCAGCAGUCGACUCUUCUGGCGGAAGUAUCCCAACGCUUUGGGCAGCUAGCCAGAGAAGCUUUGCAGUGGGAGGGAUGGCUGAGGCAGAAUCUUCCCAAGCCGCACAUGGAAGACAAGGGGGUCCAGGCCAGCCCAGGAAGAACGAGAACCGUAAGCUUCCAGAGCAGUCGGAAGCUUGACUCCAACCGCGACACCCUUCACAGCGCUACCAGCUGGGACAACCUCUACAAGGCUGAGCAAGCCUGGGACAGAGCAAUGAAAGAGCUAAACGAUGUUCGCGGCCUGCUCAACGAACUGCGCCGCCCUUCCCAGGUUCUCUCCGACGAAGCAAGCUGUGGAAGCUGCUCUCAGGACCCAAUUCUCACUCGCCAGGACUCGAAAUCGUACUCUCAGAGCUCCCAUCUCAGCCCGCCUCCAUCCGAACUGCACGGCGGCUUCUAUCGGCCCGAGUCACAACACACUUUCCGCCUCUCCAAGACCCAUUUGACAGCUAGCCCUGAGCAGCAGGCCGCGUCUCUCCUUUUCAACCCUGCGGAAUCGAUCGACCACACCGACAUCAAGAGCAGCGAGGAGUCGUUGUCGAGUGAGUGGGUUUGUGCCGAUGUCUCGGCGCAAGUGCAGACGGAGAAGUUGCACCCCAACCCGAACCUCAGCCCGGCGACGGCGGAGUCUUGCCGCAGCGAGUUCCAACGACGUAUUGCCUCCGCCGCACCUUCCGAAGAGAACCACAUUCACAAGACCACUUUGACACCUGUUCUAGAAGUCGACUCGCUGCGCUUCACCGUCAGCCGUAGCUCAAUGCGUGGCGCCCUCGAGCCCCAGUCACACUCCCAGCCCGACCUCACUUCGCUUUCUCCCGGUGGGUCCAGGAACGGUUCCACACACUCUCACCGGCACUCAAUUGUCCACCGGUCCAUGCCUUCCGUGCCGUCGUUCCAGACCAUGCGACUUGACCACGACUCUGACCGCACCGUGGUGUGGCAGCAGCCCGGGCACUACCCCGACCACCAUCCCGAGCAUCGCCGCAGCCUGGUGAUCGGUACGAAAUCCGAGGACCCCACCAUUCCCGAACGUGCACGCAGCCCUCCGGCCGAAGGCGCAGCACUCUUGAGGACGUUCAGCCGAAGGGGACGCAGGUGGUGGAGAAACAUCGUUGAGUGA